AUGGUACUCCAAGGUGCCGAGCUUGACAACGAGCUUGAAAAUAUAAAGCACCUUAUACCUAAUGCCCCUGGUGAGGUCAAUGCAUUUGAACCCGUCUGGAAUCCGUAUUUCCCUUCCCGCUAUAUCGGAGAAGGUGAGAUACGCGAGUGA